AUGGCGGACGAAGAUCAGCGUAUUGCCGACAUUCAGCUCGAGUAUCUGAAUUUCCUCGACGAUGAAGAAGACCAAGGGACGUACACGGCUCAUGUGCGGAAGAUGAUCAACGAUAAGAGCAAGCGCUUGGUGGUUAACAUUAACGAUAUUCGCCGCAAGAAUCCACCGCGUGCACUAGGUUUGCUAACCAGUGCGUUCGAUGAGCAGCUGGCGUUCUCUCGUGCUCUGAAAGAAUUCGUGUCCUCUAUCGAUCCGAGCUACGCCAAGACGCAGGAGGACUUCCACGUUGCUUUCGAGGGCAGCUUCGGAAACAAGCACGUUACGCCGCGCUCGCUCACAUCGCGCUUUCUGGGGAAUCUGGUCUGCGUUGAGGGUAUCGUGACGAAGGUGUCGCUCAUCCGGCCGAAGGUGGUCAAAAGUGUACACUAUUGUGCCGCUACCAAGAAGGUCAUCGAACGGCGCUACACCGAUUUAACUUCAUUCGAUGCCGUCCCUUCGAGUGCCGUGUAUCCGACGAAGGAUGAAGAUGGUAAUCUGCUCGAGACGGAGUUUGGUCUGUCCGUGUACAAGGAUCACCAGACGUUGAGUAUUCAGGAGAUGCCAGAGAAGGCUCCCGCAGGCCAACUGCCUCGCUCCGUGGACAUCAUCUGCGAUGAUGAUCUCGUCGAUCGUUGUAAACCCGGCGAUCGCGUGCAAAUCGUAGGGAACUAUCGCUGUUUGCCCGGCAAGCAGGGUGGCUACACGACCGGCACAUUCCGUACCGUCUUGAUUGCCAAUAACAUUUCGCAGCUCAACAAGGAAAGCUCGCUGAGCGUGACACGUGAGGAGAUCAAUUUGUGCAAGAAGUUGGCCAAAAAUAAUGACAUUUUCGAGCUGCUUUCGAGAAGCCUUGCCCCCUCGAUUCAUGGACACGAGUAUGUGAAAAAGGCCAUCCUGUGUUUGCUGCUUGGAGGGAUCGAGAAGAAUCUGGCCAAUGGAACGCGCCUUCGAGGUGACAUCAAUGUCCUGCUGAUCGGUGAUCCCAGCGUUGCCAAGUCGCAGUUGCUGCGUUACGUUCUGAAUACUGCACCACGUGCCAUCACUACCACCGGUCGUGGUUCGAGUGGGGUCGGUUUAACGGCGGCCGUUACCACCGAUCAGGAAACGGGCGAACGACGUCUCGAAGCUGGUGCCAUGGUUUUGGCCGAUCGGGGAGUCGUCUGUAUUGACGAGUUUGAUAAGAUGAGCGACAUCGAUCGAACGGCGAUUCACGAGGUGAUGGAACAGGGUCGUGUGACCAUCUCGAAGGCUGGCAUCCAUGCAUCGCUUAAUGCACGCUGUUCUGUCCUAGCUGCGGCUAAUCCCGUAUACGGAAGAUACGACCAAUACAAGACGCCUAUGGAGAACAUUGGGCUACAGGAUUCUUUGCUCUCUCGUUUCGAUCUGCUCUUCGUUAUGCUGGAUAUCAUCGAUAGUGAUCAUGAUCGCAUGAUUUCGGAUCACGUCGUACGCAUGCACCGUUACCGGAAUCCCAAGGAGCAGGACGGAGACGUACUGCCGAUGGGUGUGAGUGCGGUCGAUAUGCUUUCUACGAUCAGUCCCGAUUCGUUAGAUGACAAGGAGACGCCAAUGUACGAGAAGUACGAUCCGCUACUGCACGGUGCCUCACGUCAGCGCACCGAUCAGAUCCUGUCGAUGGAGUUUAUGCGCAAGUACAUCCACAUUGCCAAGUGUCUAAAGCCGAAGCUGACGGAGGCUGCGUGCGAGAUCAUCUCGAACGAAUAUUCACGCCUUCGCUCCCAGGAUCUUAUGGAUUCGGACGUCGCCCGUACCCAGCCGGUAACGGCCCGUACGCUCGAGACUCUCAUUCGUCUCUCGACGGCACAUGCCAAGGCACGGAUGUCGCGUACGGUCGCAGAAAAGGAUGCCCAGGCCGCGAUUGAGCUCAUCCAAUUCGCUUACUUCAAGAAGGUGCUGGAGAAGGAAAAGAAGAAACGCCGCCGUGCGGAAGACGGUGACUCGGAAGGGGAAGAGCAGGAAAGUGAUGAAGAGCAAACGGCUGCGGAACCGGAGAGUAACGGAACUCGACGCUCCAAACGUAAGCGAGUGGAACGUGGUGCCAGUGUUGAGGGAGAUUCGGAUCAUGAGGAUGUGCUCACUUCACCACCCGAUCGAGGAGAUCUGACGAGCCGUGCAACGAUUGGUGCACCCGUUGCCGCCGAAACCGAGAGGAUGGAUGAUUCAGAGGGAACAGGCGCCGCACAAGUUGCAACGAUCAGCGAAGAUCGUUUGAAACUGUUCCGGCAAGGCGUGCACCUGGCGUUCAAACAUUUCCGCGACCAAGCCGUGACCCUAGCGCGGCUUACGGCCCAUGUGAAUCAAACCAGUGGCGACGAGGCGUUCACGCCCGGUGAAAUAACCGCCGCUAUUGAUCGAAUGACCGAAAGUAACCAGAUUAUGGUGCAUGAUGACAUGGUAUUUCUUAUUUAAAUUUAGUGGAAUCAUCUCAUUACAUUGCAGAAACGCCACUUGUACCUUAGUGUGUUCUGUUUCCUGCCUAUUCUUUUUAUAAUACGUAAGUUUGUGUUUUAGAUUCAAUAAACGCUUUUGUACUUUACA